AUGGAGCCGAGGUCGAGUCAAUUCGUUUUCCGCGCUCCGCCGCAUUUCCACCGUCCAUCGGUCUCAUCCCUGGAACCCCUUGAUACCUCAUCCAGCGGUGGUGGAGGUACCUCGUUGACUAUUUCCGAUUGCGAGGAUAUCCUCGCCGAUGUCCAUCUGGGUGAUAGUAUCAGUGUAAAUGGAACAUGUCUCACGGUGACGACCUUCGAUAAAACCUCAUUCAAAGCCGGAGUCGCCCCCGAAACCCUCCGCCGCACGAAUCUAGGAUCCCUCGAAACGAAUUCCCGUGUCAACCUCGAGCGAGCCGUAUUGGGCGAGACCCGGAUGGGCGGUCAUUUCGUUCAGGGCCAUGUCGACACGAUUGCAAAGAUCCUCUCCGUCACGCCGGACGGGAACGCGCUGACGGUCCGUCUGCAGCCGCGCGAGAUCGAAGUGAUGCGGUAUAUCGUGGAAAAGGGCUUUGUGGCGCUGGACGGGGCCAGUCUGACCGUGACUAAGGUCGUGGAUGGUCCGGAUGGGUAUUUUGAGGUUAUGCUUAUUGCUUACACCCAGGAUAAAAUCGUCACGGCGGCGAAGAAGGCUGGUGAUGAUGUCAAUGUGGAGAUUGAUAUGGUGGGAAAGUAUGUUGAGAAGAGUGUCCAGGCUUACUUUGCGGGAACGGGGGGAGGAGAUAUAAGUAUCCUGGAAAAGAUGGUGUCUCGCCUUGUGGACGAGAAGUUGAAGCGGUGA